AUGUGUCCGCCUCCAGCCGCAGAGCCGCGGGGUCAGCAGGUCGAGAGAAGCCGAGAGAAGCCGAGAGAAGCCGAGACUGCUGCUUUUCCCGCAUGUUUGUACCUGGAGGACUACCUGGAGAUGAUCGAGCAGCUUCCCAUGGACCUCCGCGACAUUACGGAAAUGAGGGAGAUGGACCUGCAGGUUCAGGUGAACGCCACGGAUCAGCUGGAGCAGAAAGUCAUCGAGUUCUUCGUCAACGCAAAGAAGAACAAACCCGAGUGGAGAGAAGAGCAGAUGGAGGUCAUCAAGAAGGAUUAUUACAAAGCUCUGGAAGAUGCAGACGAGAAAGUUCAACUGGCCAAUCAGAUUUAUGAUCUGGUGGACCGUCACCUGCGUAAACUGGACCAGGAGCUGGCCAAGUUCAAGAUGGAGCUGGAGGCCGACAACGCCGGCAUUACCGAGAUCCUGGAGAGACGGUCUUUAGAGAUGGACAGUCCGUCUCAGCCCGUCAACAACCAUCAUGUCCACUCCCACACCACGACAGAGAAGAGGAAGUACAGCGCUCCGACUCAUCACACCACCGAACACGUUCCAGAGAAGAAGUUUAAGUCUGAAGCUCUGCUGUCCACACUCACGUCAGACGCUUCCAAGGAGAACACGCCAGGCUGCCGUACCAACAGCACAUCCUCGUCCACCAACAGCGUGUACAGUGUGAACUCCUCUCAGCCUCUGGCCUCCUACAACCUGAGCUCACUGCCCGCCGGGCCCGGCGCCGGAGCUGGGGCCAUCACCAUGGCUGCUGCCCAGGCCGUGCAGGCCACUGCCCAGAUGAAGGAGGGCCGGCGGACGUCCAGCCUGAAGGCGAGCUACGAGGCCAUCAAGAACAACGACUUCCAGCUGAGCAGAGAGUUCGCUCUGUCCCGGGACAACUCCGGAUACUCCUCCUCCGCUCUGGCCUCCACCCUCACCCAGACCCUCACCCCCACCACGGCCUCAGACUCCAGGGGACGCAAGUCCAAAAGCAGCAUCAAGUCGUCCAACCAUCAGUCGUCUUCGUCGUCCUCCUCUUCCUCUCUGUCGUCGUGCUCGUCGUCAUCGGCGCUGGCUCAGGAACUUUCCCAGCAGGCCUCAGCGCUGCCCGAGGCCGAGGCCAACAGUCAGGUGGACUGGACCUACGACCCCAACGAGCCCCGAUACUGCAUCUGUAACCAGGUUUCUUACGGAGAAAUGGUCGGAUGUGACAACACGGACUGUCCCAUCGAGUGGUUCCAUUACGGCUGUGUGGGGCUGACGGAGGCUCCGAAGGGGAAGUGGUAUUGUCCUCAGUGCACGGCGGCCAUGAAGAGGCGAGGCAGCCGCCACAAAUAGACUGAGCGCCGCCAUCGCCCUCAUGACACACUCUGACCAAUAGGCUGCAGCCGUCAGAGGUCAAAGGUCACGGCCCGUCUUCUUUUGUGCCAACA